UGGGAUGGACCCCAACAUAAGAGAGACGCCUGCGCCAAUAUAAGAAGUUAUUUGAAGUAAGACUUCCGUUUCGAGUAGGGAUUGAAUAGUUUUAAGUUCCUAAGAACUCCCUGGGAGUUGACGUUCUACAUGGCAGAAAGAGAUAUAUGUACAUGUGUAACCGAUAUCCUGGUUGGUGAGUUCAGACAUGGGUAUUAGGCGAUGUGAGUUGUUCCACCAGAGAUGAAUACCCCAGCCAAUGGGAACAGGAAAAGUGUACAACAGAGAGAGACAUGUUCCUAAGGAGAUCCCCUAUCCCUAAAUCCUGAUUGGUGGAACAAUUUGGCACACAUGUUUGUGGAUUUCAGACUUAAAAGCUCUGUAGCGCUCAAGGUUGCAGUCACCUUCUGAGUCUGGUCUUUGGCCCUGAUCAAUCAGUACUGGGGCAAAUGCUCAAUAAAUUAUCCUUGUCUGACUGAGGUCAGUGUUUGUGUAGUUUGUCUGCCGAUUCCUGGACCCCAAAUGUAUUUUUUUUUAUUAUUUUAUUAGCUUUUUGUUAUUGUGACAAAUACCCAAGAAAACAUCAACUUAAAGGAGAAAAUACUUAUUUUGGCUCAGAUUCUCAUCCAUGGUGUACUGGUUUUGUUACUAUGGGCUUGGCACAAGGCUGAACAUCAUGGCAGGGAGCCUAUAAAACAGAAAGGGGCCGGGGCUGGGGAUUUAGCUCAGUGGUAGAGUGCUUACCUAGGAAGUGCAAGGCCCUGGGUUCGGUCCCCAGCUCCGAAAAAAAAGAACCAAAAAAAAAAAAAAAAAAAAAAAAACCAGAAAGGGGCCAGGGAUAACAUACAUCACUCAAAGGUAUACUUCUAGUCACCUACUUCCUUUAACAAGACUCCAAGUCCUAACAUUUCACUAGCUUCCAAUAGUGACAGGGAACCAUGCAUCAAUCAAUAUUAAACCACUCAUUGAGUCAAGAGUCUUCAUGAUCCAACAUCCCGAAAGGUGAGCUCUGAACACUGCUCACUUCCUGAGCCUUCUGGGGAUACUUAGUGUCCACACACAACGCCCAUCACUAUCUUUUGUCAACCUUAAGAGGUUCUCCCCUAUUCUCAGAUUCAUAAGGGUAUUUCACGUUUUCUCCAAAAGUUUUCAACUUCACAGUUUGCUUCACAUUUAGAUGUUUGAUCUGCCUGGGACCUGGUAUUGAGCAAAGCGUUUCCUUUUAUAUGGAUAACCAAUUGUCCUAGUAUUUUCUACUUGCUUCGUUUCCUUGCUGACUUGUACAAUUCUGUUACACAUGAAAUUUACAGUUAUGCAGAAGUCUGUUUCCUAGAGACCUCCCUCCCCUUUCCAGUGUCUAACCAUGUAACUCUGACUACCCUGAAACUCACACAGACCCAUUUGCCCCUCUGCCUUCCCAGUGCCACCGUUAAAGGUAUGUUCUACAAUGCUCCAUCUCGCCUUUUACUUUCUAUGUGGCCCCGGCUGGCUCAAAUUCACAAUUCACCUGCCUUUACCUCCUAAGUGCCGGGUUGAUGGAAGUACGAUACUCUACCAUGCUUUUCCUACACUAUAAUUUUACUUGUGCGUGUAUGUGUAUAUGUAUGUGUGUUGUGUAUAUGUGCAAGUGUGAGUGCCCAUUCUCACCUAGAAGUCAUAAGACAGCUUCGGGCAUCCUGUUUUACUCGGGUCUUAUUGUCUUAAAUUAAGGUCUCUCCUUGCCUGUGCAGCUUGCCUGGUUGCCCCCAGGUUCAAGAGAUUCUUCCGUUUCUGUUCCACACAGCCCUAGCCUCGCAGUGAAAGCGCAGCCACACCUGGGUUUUUCCAUGGUGUGGAGGAUUCGAACUCAAAUCCUCAUGUUUGAUCUGCAUGCGCUCUUAACCACUGAACCAUCUUCCCAGCGCCUAGGCUAUUAAUUCUACAGAACCGGUCUAUUACUCCUUCUGUGUGUCAAGUAACGCCCUGUCAAUAAGUCCAGCCUUACGGCAGUGUUGACAGUAGCUAACUAGGUAGUUGCAUGGUGGGCAAUCUAUUUUGCCUUCUGUUUAAGUCUCUUAAUGAGUAACCAUAAACAAACCCUGGGGGACUCUAAAGGUGGGGAGGCACUCAACAGAGUAGUCCUUAUAUUACGAUACUAAAAUAGAUAAAAUAGAAAAAUAAAACGACUAAUGCCCCCGGAGCUUCACUUUUAUUUAUAAAAACUGAUUAACAUAUCAUUUUGACAUCCCUUGGCACUUUGGAAAUUCCUUAGAAGCCAUGCAGCUGUGAUAGAGAAGACAGCCAAAGGUAUCGUUCAUUCAGAACGUGGAGGACUCAUGCACCAGCUAAGUGACACCACAGCUUAGAAUUGGGGUUGAACAGAAGCAGGCUACGAUGACCUUCACGAUGUUUUCUGGCACGUGGAACCGCCGCAUAGAUUUGGAAGUUCUUGACUUUGAACCUCUGGUUGCCAGAGAAUACAGCGCGACCAGCCACCCCGACCCAGCUGCCCAGCCCUGGUGACUCAGGACGGCAGAGAAGAUUCCAGACCCGGUAUCAGAAGCCGGGAAAGGAUGGGGCAGCACGGGAUGCGUGCGGGCACGGUGAGCAGCCUGCACCCCCGGGCAUCAGCGGUGCUUCUGGGAAACGUAGUCUUUUGCGGUGUGCGGCGCCGGGGGCUGCCGGAUGAGGGACUACGAUUCCCUUCGGUCUUGCGCAAGCUUUGUGCAUCGCGCUUGCGCAUUGUGGGGGAUUAUGCCGCUAUAAAGGCUUGUUUUGCUCCGGGUCCGAUGUUCGCGAGCGUGCCCGGGCUGUUUGCUUUCGUGUGGGGAGGCUGGGAUGCAGGUAGGUAGCGGUUCUUGCCUUUUCCAUGCAGUGUCGGAUGCUGUCACAGGCUCACUCCUUUGGGCUCUCCGAGGCGUGGUGGGAGAUGGGAAACCUUGGACCGGAGAAACGGGGCCUGUCUCGCCCUGAUCUGCGCCGUUCCGGGCUUGUUGGCGAACUCGCGGGCUGUGCCCGGGGUCUAGGUGUUAGAAAGCCGGAGGGGAGGUUUAAUGGGUGGUCGCGGCAGGCUCCACUCUCGGCGCGGCCACCAGGGGGAGCUGCGUUCGCUCUGGGUGGGUCGUGGAGCCUGUGCUCGCCAGGCCGGGGCUGGCGUGGGAACGCCCUAGGGCCGGGUGGCGGAGCUGUCCAGAGAGAAGCCCCAACCUCCCUCUGGUACUGGAGGCUGACUGUCAGCCACCCACUACAAAUUCUAAAGUGAGAGGAGCCUGAGCCCUGGUCCUGUGUGGAGUGAAGAUGAAGGAUAUUGACAUGGGAAAAGAAUACAUCAUCCCCAGUCCCGGAUACAGAAGCGUCAGGGACAGAAGCACUAUCCCGGGACAACACGGCGAUCGUGAAGAACCCAGGUUCCGGAGAACAAGAUCAUUGGAAUGCCAAGAUGCCCUAGAAACAGCAGCCCGAGUUGAGGGUCUUUCCCUGGACAUCUCUGUGCAUUCUCAUCUCCAAAUUCUGGACGAGGAACAUACGAAGGGGAAAUACCACCAUGGUUUAAGCGCCCUGAAGCCCUUCCGGACCACCACCAAGCACCAGCACCCAGUGGACAAUGCUGGCCUUUUCUCCUACAUGACCUUUUCAUGGCUCUCUCCUCUGGCCCAAGUGGUUCACAAGAAGGGGGAGCUGUUAAUGGAGGAUGUGUGGCCUUUGUCCAAGUAUGAGUCUUCUGAUGUGAACUGCAGAAGACUAGAGAGACUGUGGCAAGAAGAGCUGAAUGAAGUCGGGCCAGACGCCGCCUCCCUGCGAAGGGUUGUGUGGAUCUUUUGCCGCACCAGGCUCAUCCUGUCCAUCGUGUGCCUGAUGAUCACGCAGUUGGCUGGCUUCAGUGGACCAGCCUUCGUGGUGAAGCACCUCUUGGAGUACACCCAGGCAACAGAGUCUAACCUGCAGUACAGCUUGCUGUUGGUACUAGGCCUCCUCCUGACAGAGGUUGUACGCUCCUGGUCACUCGCACUGACUUGGGCAUUGAAUUAUCGCACUGGUGUCCGGCUGCGGGGGGCUGUCCUGACCAUGGCAUUCAAGAAGAUCCUGAAGCUAAAGAACAUUAAGGAAAAGUCCCUGGGGGAGCUUAUCAAUAUCUGCUCCAACGAUGGGCAGAGGAUGUUUGAAGCAGCCGCUGUGGGCAGCUUGCUGGCCGGAGGACCCGUUGUCGCCAUCUUGGGCAUGAUUUAUAAUGUAAUCAUUCUAGGACCAACGGGCUUCCUGGGAUCGGCUGUCUUUAUCCUCUUUUAUCCGGCAAUGAUGUUCGUGUCACGGCUAACCGCGUAUUUCAGGAGAAAGUGUGUAGCCGCCACAGACGACCGUGUCCAGAAGAUGAAUGAAGUUCUCACCUACAUUAAAUUUAUUAAAAUGUAUGCCUGGGUCAAAGCGUUUUCUCAGUGUGUUCAAAAAAUCCGAGAGGAGGAGCGUCGGAUCCUGGAGAAGGCCGGGUACUUUCAGAGCAUCACCGUUGGAGUGGCUCCCAUUGUCGUAGUGAUCGCCAGCGUGGUGACGUUCUCCGUCCACAUGACCCUGGGCUUCGACCUGACAGCGGCGCAGGCCUUCACAGUGGUGACUGUCUUCAAUUCCAUGACUUUUGCUUUAAAAGUAACACCAUUCUCAGUGAAGUCCCUCUCUGAAGCAUCCGUUGCUGUUGACAGAUUUAAGAGUUUGUUUCUAAUGGAAGAGGUUCACAUGAUAAAGAACAAACCGGCCAGUCCUCACAUCAAGAUAGAGAUGAAAAAUGCCACCUUGGCAUGGGACUCCUCCCACUCCAGUACACAGAGCUCGCCCAAGCUGACCCCCAAAGUGAAAAAAGACAAGAGGGCUCCCAAGGGCAAGAAAGAGAAGUCGAGGCAGCUGCAACAUACUGAGCACCAGGCGGUGCUGGCAGAGCAGAAAGGACACCUCCUCCUGGACAGUGAUGAGCGGCCCAGUCCGGAAGAGGAAGAAGGCAAGCAGAUCCACGCAGGGAGCAUGCGUCUGCAGAGGACACUCUACAACAUUGACUUAGAGAUUGAAGAGGGCAAACUGGUUGGAAUCUGUGGCAGUGUGGGAAGUGGAAAAACCUCUCUGAUUUCCGCCAUUUUAGGCCAGAUGACGCUUUUGGAGGGCAGCAUUGCCGUCAGUGGGACCUUUGCUUACGUGGCCCAACAGGCCUGGAUUCUCAACGCCACGCUGAGAGACAACAUUCUCUUUGGGAAGGAAUUUGAUGAAGAGAGAUACAACUCAGUGCUGAACAGUUGCUGCCUGCGGCCUGACUUGGCCAUUCUCCCCAACAGCGACCUGACUGAGAUUGGAGAGCGAGGAGCCAACCUGAGUGGUGGGCAGCGCCAGCGAAUCAGCCUUGCUCGAGCCCUGUACAGUGACAGAAGCAUCUAUAUCUUGGAUGAUCCCCUCAGUGCCUUAGAUGCCCAUGUGGGCAACCACAUCUUCAACAGUGCUAUCCGGAAGCGUCUCAAGUCUAAGACGGUCCUGUUUGUCACACACCAGUUACAGUACCUGGUCGAUUGUGAUGAGGUGAUCUUCAUGAAAGAAGGCUGUAUCACAGAGAGAGGUACCCACGAGGAGCUGAUGAACUUAAAUGGAGACUACGCUACCAUUUUUAAUAACCUGUUGCUGGGAGAGACACCCCCGGUCGAGAUUAAUUCAAAAAAGGAAGCUAGUGGUUCACAAAAAUCACAAGACAAGGGCCCUAAGCCAGGGUCAGUGAAGAAGGAGAAGGCAGUGAAGUCGGAGGAAGGGCAGCUCGUGCAGGUGGAGGAGAAAGGGCAGGGCUCCGUGCCUUGGUCAGUUUACUGGGUCUACAUCCAGGCUGCAGGGGGUCCCUUGGCUUUCCUGGUCAUCAUGGUCCUCUUCAUGCUCAAUGUGGGCAGCACUGCCUUCAGCACCUGGUGGCUAAGCUACUGGAUCAAGCAAGGAAGCGGGAACAGCACGGUGUUUGAAGGGAACAGAAGCUCUGUGAGUGACAGCAUGAGGGACAACCCCUUCCUGCAGUACUAUGCCAGCAUCUACGCUCUCUCCAUGGCAGUCAUGCUGAUCCUGAAGGCCAUCCGAGGAGUUGUCUUUGUCAAGGGUACACUGAGAGCCUCCUCCCGGCUCCAUGAUGAGCUCUUCCGGAGGAUCCUGAGAAGCCCCAUGAAGUUUUUUGAUACUACCCCAACAGGAAGGAUUCUCAACAGGUUUUCCAAAGACAUGGAUGAAGUGGACGUGCGUCUGCCAUUCCAGGCUGAGAUGUUUAUCCAGAAUGUGAUCCUGGUGUUCUUCUGUGUUGGAAUGAUCGCAGGGGUCUUCCCAUGGUUCCUUGUGGCAGUGGGGCCUCUCCUCAUCCUCUUCUCAGUUCUACACAUUGUCUCCAGGGUCCUGAUUCGGGAGCUGAAGCGCUUGGACAAUAUCACGCAAUCUCCUUUCCUCUCCCAUAUCACGUCCAGCAUUCAGGGCCUCGCCACCAUCCAUGCCUAUAACAAAAGGCAGGAGUUUCUACACAGGUAUCAGGAGCUUCUGGAUGACAACCAAGCCCCCUUCUUCUUGUUCACCUGUGCAAUGAGGUGGCUGGCAGUGCGGCUGGACCUCAUCAGCAUCGCCCUGAUCACCACCACGGGGCUCAUGAUUGUUCUCAUGCACGGGCAGAUCCCUUCAGCGUACGCGGGCCUCGCCAUCUCCUACGCUGUGCAGUUAACCGGACUCUUCCAGUUUACCGUUAGACUGGCGUCGGAGACAGAAGCACGGUUCACCUCAGUGGAGAGGAUCAACCACUACAUAAAGACUCUCUCUUUGGAAGCACCUGCCAGAAUCAAGAACAAGGCUCCUCCCCAUGACUGGCCCCAGGAGGGAGAAAUAACCUUUGAGAAUGCGGAAAUGAGAUACCGGGAAAAUCUCCCUCUGGUCCUUAAGAAAGUGUCCUUCACCAUCAAGCCCAAGGAAAAGAUAGGCAUUGUGGGACGAACAGGGUCAGGGAAGUCCUCUCUAGGGAUGGCCCUCUUCCGCCUGGUGGAGUUAUCUGGAGGCUGCAUCAAGAUCGAUGGAGUAAGAAUCAGUGACAUUGGCCUGGCCGACCUCCGAAGCAAACUGGCCAUCAUCCCUCAGGAGCCAGUGCUGUUCAGCGGCACAGUCAGAUCAAACCUGGACCCUUUCAACCAGUACACAGAAGAGCAGAUCUGGGAUGCCCUAGAGAGAACACACAUGAAGGAAUGUAUUGCCCAGCUACCUCUGAAACUGGAAUCUGAAGUAAUGGAGAACGGGGACAACUUCUCUGUUGGGGAACGGCAGUUGUUAUGCAUAGCAAGGGCCCUGCUACGUCACUGUAAGAUUCUGAUUUUAGAUGAAGCUACAGCCGCUAUGGACACAGAGACAGACUUACUGAUCCAAGAGACCAUCCGGGAAGCAUUUGCUGACUGCACCAUGCUGACCAUUGCCCAUCGCCUGCACACAGUUCUGGGCUCUGAUAGGAUCAUGGUGCUGGCCCAGGGACAGGUGGUGGAGUUUGACACCCCGUCGGUCCUUCUGUCCAACGACAGCUCAAGAUUCUAUGCCAUGUGUGCUGCUGCAGAGAACAAGGUGGCUGUCAAGGGCUGACUCCUCCCACGCUGGAAGUCUCUUCCUUGGAGCGUUGCCAUUCUCUUCCUGGUUGGGCCCUCAUCCUGUCCUGCUGAAACCUCGCCUUUCCUGGUUUUCUCUCUCACGACAGUUCAGGGUUAGCUGUGUGUCUCACUUUUAAGGAAAGUCAUAUUUUGAUUAUUGUAUUUAUUCCCUAUUCACUUAAAUGAAAUUUAGUUUUUGUUCUUAAUUGCACUCUUAAGAGGUUCAGGGAACCAUUACUAUAACGUAUCAGUGGCCUAUAACGAAGCUUUAUACGUGUAGCUAUGUCUAUAUAUAAUUCUGUACAUAGCCUAUAUUUACAGUAAAUGUAAGUGGUUUAUUUUCUAUUAAAGCGAGCACUGUGCUAACACAGUGCGCUUUCAUUUCUAUUGUUUUUGUACAGCUGACUGCACUACAGAUCUCAUUUGCUCUUAGCUGUAGGAAAGGCAGUGUUUCCUUCUCCAGCUGGUCGUUUCACGGUGCUGGGCUCCCUAGGUGUCCAGGGGGAGACACUUGGCAGCAGCGGGCCCUCCAUGGCCUGCUCCGUGGGCUCCCCAGUGGAAACCCAGUACAGUGGGCUGCAGGAGGCCUUGCAGAGCACCGUGAAUUCUCAGGGCUCCUGCUUUCCUGUCUCCCUGUCAGUUGCCAUUUAUGUUAGAGCAGCGGGCAAAGCCCCACCCCCUUCCCCUCUCAGGAAUGAGAACUCCAGCAUUCCUCAGAGGGGAGAGCUUCUUUCUGCCUCCCUUCUUCUGCUGUCAUUUCUAAGCAAGGUCCAGUCUGCUGCCAGUGUUCCGUGCUUCAGGUUCCUGAGGCUGGCCACCACAGAGCUCCCAAGCUCCCCGGCCAGUUGGUUCCCAGCCCCCACCCGGGCUCCACUGCUGCUGCUGUUGUAGGUGGCGUUUUCAUUUGCCUGACCCCACAGCUCCAGAGCUCAGCAACAGGGCUCAGGAGUGUGGGGUCCGUUCUUCCUCACUUCAGUCUCCUCUGCAAAGUCUGCACCCCUCAGCAGCUCUUGCUAAUCAGUGUCUCACACUGGUGUAGAAGUUUUUUGUACUGUAAAGAGACCUACCUCAGGUUGCUGAUUGCUGUGUGGUUUGGUGCGCUCCUGCAGACCCCCUGUGUUGUGGGGCUCUUAGCUUGGGUGGGUGUGGUUGCCACUGUCACCAGUUGAGUGGUCAGCGUUGCAUGUCGUGACCAAUUAGACAUUCUAUCGCCUUAGCAUGUUUGCUAAACACCUUAUGAAAGCAAAAAUCUGAAAAAGUGAAUAAAAUUAUUUUGGAUUUAUAAAA